AUGUCCGACGACCUCAAGGCGCACGCCGCCUCCAGCCAAGACUUUUACGCCCUAUUAGACCUCUCUCCAGCCGCCAGCGAGUCCGAAAUCCGGCGCGCCUACCGACGAACCGCAUUAAAAUAUCACCCCGAUAAAAUCUCCAACCCAACCCAAUCAGAUUUCGAAAAGUUCCACCUCCUCCAAAUCGCCAACGAUGUCCUCUCCGACCCGUCGGUGCGGCAGCUCUACAACAAUGCGCGCGAGGCGCGCAUGCGCAAGCAGCGCGAGCGGGACAUGAUGGAUGCCGCGGAGCGGAAGAUGCGCGAGGAUCUAGAAGCUGGUGAGCGGGCUGCUGCUGCUUCGAAGGGUGGGCCGCAGGGUGUCAAGAGGCCGUGGUCGAGUGCUGCGGAUGAUGCGGCGGAGAUAGAGCUGCAGCAAAAAAUCGAGCAGAUCCAGGAAGAUGUGCGUCGCCGACGUGUGGCGAUGCAGGAGAAGAGGCAGCGAGAGGUGGAGGAGGAGAAUCAACCGGCACAGAAGAUGGAGGAGGAGGAACAGUCGGCAGAGCAGCCUGCGCAGCGGAUUGGUCGGUCUCAAGAGGGCAGUGUUUCGGAGGAAGAUCGAUCGGUCAAGGUGCGCUGGGUUCGUGAAGGCCAGGGGCUUGACGUUGAUGCAGAUUGGCUGAAAUCGCUGCUUGCGCCAUUUGGGAAGGUCGAGAACACCGUGAUGCUUAAAGAUAAACGAGUGCGUGUUGAGGGGAAGAAGGGCAAGGUCACUCUCGGCACUGGUCUUGCUGUCUUCGCCUCUAUCGUUCAUGCCCAUGCCGCGGUGCUGGACAGCAGGCAAAAGAUCCGCCAGGCCGAUAGUGACUGGGCUCUCGUCGAGUCUGUUGCAUGGGCAUUUGGUAGCGGGCCCGAUCUGAAGUCAAGUGCCAAUAACGAUAAAACGACGGUGUCCGAAGAGCCAUCAUCUACAAACAAGCCGGGUCCGGCACCAUUCAGUACUCCGUCUUUCACAUUCUCCGGGUCGAAAAAGGCCCCGAAGGAUGGCAAAGCUCCUAUAUUCGGCUCCUUCGCCUCUGCGGCUGCUUCCAUGAACGCUCCCAAGGCAUCGUCUUUCAAACCGUCCCCCGGCAGUGCGCCUAGCUUUGAGGAGGAGACGCUUAUGCGUUUGAGAGCUGUACAGCGUGAGAAGGAAGAGCGCAAGGCCCUUGAAGAGCAACUCGCGAUGGAAGAUGCAGAGGCCGAUGCUGCAGAGGCCAAAGCUAAUGGCUCUUGA